CAAAUGACCUGAUCGCCUACUUGCCCCGAAUUUUGCGAAUCUGCACCCUCAUUAGAACAAAAUUUCUAACAAGUAUGUCUCUUAUUUACGGAUUGGUCGCACGUGGCUCUAUUAUAUUAGCAGAGCACACCAACAGUUCUGGAGAUUUUGCUCAAGUUACUCAAGCAAUCCUUGAAAAGAUUCCACCAAAUAAUUCUAAGCUAACAUACGUUUAUGACAGAUACUUGUUCCACUACAUUUGCGAAGAUGGACUUACGUACAUGUGUAUGGCGGAUGACAGUUUUGGGCGACGGGUUCCAUUUGCCUUUUUGCAGGACAUUAAGGAACG